AUAAAAUAUGCGGCCAAGAACAGGCCAUUACUUGCAUCUCUAUAACUAUGGCCAUUCGCUCCUCGUGUCAAAAUGGCAUGGUUCUGUGGUACAUAUCAGCCAUGGCCGCCCCCAAGACGAGAAGCAAGUCGCUGCCAGCAGAGACGAAUGGCGCUCAUCAAAGUCUUUUACAAUGGCCUGAACAAAAAGUCCGCACCGGGCCAUUGUCGAAUCCUUACGAUAUCUUCUUAAACACAGUUUCGAUUCUACUCGUUAUAGUGAUUAUUGUCUAUAUCUUCUUCUUGUUCUCGUUCAAUGGCCGGGCCACCAAGGAUGUGCCAGGCAUAGCAUCGUUCCUUCGCCAGUUUUCCACCGUGAGCCCUACAGCCGUGCCGAUUCUGUUCGCAUUUAUCGUCGGCCGCGCCAUCAAAACCUUCGCUCAUUGGAGGUUGCAUCACGGGGAGCGCGUCGGCAUGCUUGAUCUCUUGUACGGAUCGACUACUGUCAUUAGCACCAUGACAACAAUUUUCGAUUAUGGCGAAUUUAGUCUUCUCGGAGCACUUCUUAUUGUGGCAUGGAUCCUCUCGCCACUGGGAGCUCAGUCGGCACUCCGAGUGUUGUCAUUCCGCGCCGGCAAUGAGGCUUCUUUCAACACCGUGUCGUAUUUCAACCUGAGUACGCCAUUUCCUAGCACGUUCGAAGCCGGCAGUUACGGAUCCUACAGCGCUCCCGUCAUCGCCUCGUUCAUAUCUUCCAUCAGCGCCCCUAACAGCACGAAAUUGUCCAGCUUAGACACGUGGGGUAAUGUCAAAGUCCCAGUCCUCGAACAGCUCCCCGGUUAUAAAGGAAGCACCUCAAAGGAUUGGAUCUCUAUUAAUAGGACUGGAGAUGAGUCGGAUCCUAUCGCGUACUCCAGUCUUGUUGGAAUCCCCAUAGCUGGCGUUCCUUCGACGAAAAAUUCGACAUUCACCAUCGAGACAUCAUACACAAAUUUCGACUGCGUCAACCUGCAAGCGAUCAAGAAUGUGACAGCCAAGUGGAGGGAAAUAGAGGCGGACUCGGUUGAAUGCUGGGAAACCACCAACUCGACGUGCAGCACGAUCAUGUCUUGGGGAUAUCUCGCUACCAUACCCUUUCCUAAUGGAUGGACAAAUGCCUCCGAGCCACGUUGCAGUGAUAACAAUCCAGGCAUUCGAGAAAUGCUCUACCUUGACUGGGGUGGUGCGUCUGAUGGGUCAUACGCAAGCUGUUCUCUCAACACGUCAUACGUUGAACUUCAAGUCGAAUGCGUUGGGUGGGAUUGCGUUUCAACCGCGAUGCGUCCGUCUCUUUUGGCCACAAACCCAAGUCCAAAUCGUACCGUCUUCGAUAAUUAUUGCGACAGAUCGCCUCACACAUUCGAUUAUUUUGCAACCCUACUGAAUUGGGUUUCCAAGAUGAAAAGCAGCAGGUCGUUCGAUCAGUCUAUCCUACAAGGAUAUCUGUAUGACCCAGAAACCGCGCUCAACUCCACAGCACUAUAUAACCAGAGAGGAAUUUUUACGGUGGACCCAUCAGUCUUCUCUCUCCGCCUAGGUCAGAUGAUGAACACUUUCUGGCUGGCAAUGGCAGCGUCGAACGCUGUAUACCUCGGUCAUCCAUCGGACUACAAGGCGCUACGAGCAUCCGUAGCUGCUGGAUCUGUGGAUCUUAUGUAUUUCGGGAAAUCGAAUGCAACCAUUUUCAGUCCUGUCACAAAAAUACACUGCGACUUUGGUUGGCUUGUUCCGCUCAUUCUCUCCACACUCCUGAUGUGGGCUGCAGCAAUGGUCACGAUGGCAGUGGAUUUGAAACUUAGAGUGCCUAAGAUGCUCAUGAAUAUUACAACAAUGACGAGGGGAAAUCCAAACUUCGGCCUGCCACCUGGUGGCGGCGGUCUUCCUGACGAAACAAGAGGGAGGCUAAUAAGGCAUGUAAAAGUCCGAUUUGGGAGUGUGGAGGGUCAUAAACCCGACGACUUGGUCGUUGGAGCCUGUGUCGAGAGCGGAGGCAGCGUGUCAAUUGCAAGGAGGAAACAAGGGUCGGUAGUAGAAGAAACCUCUGCUUAAUCAACCUCUGCUUAAUGUAUUAAAUUUCUUAGCCCCUCAAGGGUCACAUCAAUCCUAGGCAACCAGUCAGAAAUCAACUAUAAAGCUCC